AUGUCGAGACCAAGCGCCAGCAAGGGAACAAGGAGCCAGCAAGGGGCUUUGCUCUUCCUCUGCGUCCUUGCAGCCAUUCUUGCCUUCUCGAGCUCCCCUUCCCAGGCGUCCGACAAUGCUUCAGCAGUCAGCUUUGCCGCCAUACACAGACGGGCGACGAUUGGUGGAGCACCAGCUUACGACUUGCCGAUGCCUAGGUCGUACGAUACGCAUCACUAUUAUGCAGUGCAGAUCAAGAGGACGCACUCGAAUCACGUGGACAUCAGGGAUGUGUCCGAAGCGCUUGGCGUGGAGUUCGUCGAAAGGGUUGGAGAGUUGAAAGAUCAUUGGCUUGUACGCGCAGAAAAGCCUCUAGACCCCUCAUCCCUCACACUGGCUGCUCGUGAUACAGAUCCCCGCUCUUCUGGAGAAGUCAAGAUCAAACGCCGGGACUGGAGCGAAGACGAAGAUCCUGUCAUUUCACGAUGGCGAUCAUACAAGCGCUCGCCUCGCCAAAACAGUGCUAUCCUCUCCAAACGAGAAGCCCAUCUCUUGGGAUCUAUCGUCGACGUGGAGCGGCAGGUGCUCAAGAAGCGUCAUAAGCGGGAUAAGAUUAUCAGUCCAUGGGACACACCGGAACACUACCCCGAAGUGCGCGCACCGAUUCCCGGUCCUGAACCCCAGCCUUAUCCGGAUCCCAUGCCCCUGCCAAUUCCAGACGGCAGCAACCUCAAGUCUACUCGCAUGCGCCAACAAUUCAACAUCGCUGACCCCAUCUUUACGGACCAAUGGCAUCUGACGAACGACAAGCGAGACUCUAAUGAUCUCAAUGUCACUGGAAUUUGGGCACAAGGCAUUCACGGCAAGGGCUCGAAUGUGUGCUUGAUCGAUGAUGGACUCGACUUCAACAGUCCAGACCUCAAGGAUAAUUUCGUAAGUCAGGGCUUGGAGCUGGUUGAGAGCUCCCGCGCACAAAAAUAAUAGUGCAGCAGACUUUUAGGCGCCUGCCACACGCGCUAGAGACUGGGUCUCAAGGGUUGCUGCGAAGUGCUGAUCAAGACGACAGGUGGCUUACCACGAGGUGCUAUCCUACCCUCGCAGUUUGAAGCCGGAUCGUAUGACUUCAACACGCAUACCCCCUUGCCGAAGCCUUUGCACUCGGACGACCAACAUGGAACGCGCUGCGCAGGAGAAAUCGCUGCAAUUAAGAAUGACGCUUGCGGCGUCGGUGUUGCGUGGGAUGCAAAGGUUGCCGGCGUUCGCAUUCUGUCUGGACCUAUCUCUGAUGUGGAUGAAGCUGCAGCAUUGAAUUAUCGCUACCAAGAAAAUCAGAUCUACAGCUGCAGUUGGGGACCGCCCGAUGAUGGCCGAGCCAUGGACGCCCCAAGGGGACUGAUCGCCAAAGCUGUCCUGAAUGGUAUUCAAAACGGCAGAGGUGGCAAAGGCAGCAUUUUUGUCUUUGCCGGAGGAAACGGAGGUGCCUCAGAUGAUCAAUGCAACUUUGAUGGAUACACAAAUUCGAUCUACACCAUGACGAUUGCCGCGGUGGACCGCGAGAAUCAGCAUCCUUACUACAGCGAGAUGUGUGCGUCAAACAUCGCAACUGGUUGGAGCAGUGGCAGCGGCGACCACAUUCACACUACAGAUGUUGCUUGGAACGGGGUCAAUCGUUGCACGACUCAUCACGGAGGAACCUCUGCUGCAGCGCCUCUAGUUGCCGGUGUCAUCGCGCUCGCGCUCCAAGUCCGUCCAGAGCUGACUUGGCGUGACAUGCAGCACAUUGCUGUUCACUCUGCCCAAAUGGUCAACCCCGACGACAAGGAUUGGCAAGUCACUCAAGCCGGUCGCCACUACAACCACAAGUAUGGCUAUGGUAUCAUCGAUGCGUUCAAGUUUGUCGAGGAAGCCAAGACUCAUACAUUGGUCAAGCCUCAGGCUUGGGCUGAGUCUCCAAACGUUACGCUGGCACGUGACAACACCCUCAUCACUGGAGAUGGUACUCACAGCACGUUCACAGUGACCAAGGAAUUCCUGGAGAAGAACAAUGUGGACACUCUGGAGCAUGUAACUAUCCGAGUUUGGAUAUCUCACGAGCGCCGCGGAGACGUCGACGUGGAAUUGGUUUCUCCGCACGGCACCAAGUCAGUACUCGCACGUCCUCGCAGAUACGACGACGCCACGACAGGAUUCCCUGGCUGGGGUUUCAUGACAUUGAAGCAUUGGGACGAAGAUCCGAUCGGAGACUGGACAAUGACUGUUUACGACAGGGCACACCCUAAGCAGACUGGAAAUUUCUGGGCCUGGACCAUCACCUUGUGGGGUCAAGUCAUCGAUCCCGCAAAGGCCAAGGCUUGGAACUUCCCCGAAGACAGUAUCGAAUUCCACGAGACCCUGGAAGCUGCCCCCACCACGACCACUGUGUACCAGCCGGGAGGAGCUGCCAGUCAGCGUCCCAAGCCUACGGACCACUUGCCGCCUGACCAUGGCUCCCGACCGGGCGAGAGCGACCAUGACUUUACCAACAGCGGACCAGGCCAGGUGCGUGGCGCCGCGAGCAGAUGCACACAAGAAGCUUAAUCGCUGACCACCCACUAUUCCUCCUCACACAGAGCUCUCCUGAGGCCGACACCGGCUACUUGGCAGGUCUCAAGAAUCGCAGCAGUUGGCUGUUCAUUGCUGGGGGCGUGGUACUGAUCUUUGCAGGCUCUCUUGCUGCCUUCUUCAUCAUUCGACGCCGUCGUCAGCGCCGCUUUGGACCUGACGCAGCCGCAGCAUACGAAUUUGUGCCCGGAGAAGAGGACGAAGAGAUGGCGAUGAGUGCGAUGGGAGGAUCUGCAGGUGCGACUGGUGGAAGAGGGGGUCGACGUGCGCGCGCGAAGGAGCUGUACGAUGCGUUCGGAGAGGCUACGGAUGAUGAGGACGAAGGCGAAGAGGAUGCUUUGGUCAAACGAGGAGCCAGGCCCGGUCAGUAUAAGGACGAGCCCGACACCCCAACGGUUCGGGAACAUAAGGAGGGAGAAGAAGAUUCGAGAUUCGCAAUCUCCGAUGAAACCCAGACUCCGCUCACAGCCGAAACGCCAGCUCGAGGUCGAGGCCAAGCCACUUCUCCAGCACCUGUACUUCGAAGCCAAGAGAUGGACAAGGGCAGGAGCGAGCAGUUGCUUUUCGAUGCGGAAGAUGACGAUGAAGAGCGUGGCGAAGAGGGUAGCGGUGGAAGUGGAGGAAGCUGGCAGGAUGCAUCCCGACCUUGA